AUGCGACUACGGGUUCUACUUCACCCUCAAUUACGAACAAGCCUACCAGAAUGUGCCCAGCGCAGUCUGCGUAGGAACGUCUGGGUCCGAUUCAAGUCGCAAAUACCUCGGCCGUCGCAGAAGCAUCUUUCGCCAUUACCCAAAUCGAAGGAAACCGUCCCAGCUACACGUUCUCCAGCCACAAGAAACCUCACACCCCCAAAGACAACCACUAGGGCAGGUCCACCUGAACGAAUCUUAGUCUACUAUGGAGGGACAGGCAGGGCCAUCUUCCUAGGGACGCUGCGAAUAACCACAGUGCUUCUUUUUGGUGCAGCAUGUCUAAUCGUUGCGCCAGCAUGCUCCGUGGCUGAUUACCCCUGGUACAGCACACCCGCCGUGGUUGUUGCUGGCGCUCUCCCAAUGAUAUUUGUCUCCUAUACUGCUGCGCCGUAUGUGAACUUUAUCCAUUUGGCGCUGCCCGCUUUUGCCAGGAAAUCCCGGGAAGCUGCCGUCCAGUAUGCAAAAGACCUGCCUCCGACAGCCGUGCUCUAUCUCACCAACAUGCGGUUCAAUACAAUUCCCCGGCAAACAGCUGUCCGUGUUGGAGAUCUGGUUCCAUUCAAAGACGCCUUGCGGCCCGUCACAUUCAAGAAUCUGAAUCCGUCACCGCGACGCUGGUGGCAGGGCAGAGCUCCAACCCAAUUCUAUACUGGAACUCACAGUAAACCUGGGAGACAGACGUCAGCUUUCUUCCCAGAACUGUGGAAUGGCAUUUACCAGCAAAUUCAAAGAGCGAAGUCGCAAUCUCAUUGA